CUGCACGCAUCGGCCACAUUCGGAGGACUUCGCAAGGGCUCACAGACUCUCCUGCAAGACCUGUCAGAGUUCACUCGAGAAGGCGACAUGCGGGGCCGCCUGCAACUCGUGGCCGUGUUGGUGAUGCUGCAGCUCGUCGUGUUGAGGGGGGCACAGGCGAACGAGACGGCGACGAGUGAAAAGUGCAGCGGAAUGCCGGGAAUCCCCGGCACCCACGGGCAGAACGGGCAGGCCGGGCGGGACGGCAGGGACGGACAACCCGGACAGAAAGGAGAACGUGGGGAUGCUGGGAAAGGAGAUCCAGGCAUUCCUGGAUCCCCGGGACAGUCAGGGCCCAACGGCGAGCCGGGACCUGCGGGGCCGCCAGGUCUAUCCGGAUUGAACGGGGAAAAGGGUGAACGGGGAGAGCAAGGACCCAACGGGAAGAUUGGACCCGUGGGCACGAUUGGGCCGCGAGGAAACCCCGGAGAGGCCGGUGCGAAGGGCGACAAGGGCGAUACACCCGUGAUUAAGAAGUCAGCGUUCAGCGCCAAGGCGACAAUCUCCAAGACGAAACCGCAGGGCGCGGGUGUGAUCGUGUUCGACAUCAUCAUAUCGAACGACUUCGGCCACUACAACAAGGAGACCGGCAAGUUCACGUGCGCGCACGCGGGCCAUUACUACUUCUCGUUCCAAGCUCCCUCUUCGGGCACGCCGCUGCAAAUCGUCAUGAAGGUCAGCGGCAGACAGGUGCUGACCCUCUACGACCACUACACGGCCGCCGGGGGCUCGGACACCAUGAGCGGAGGCACCGUGCUGCACCUGAACGCCGGGCAAGAGGUCUGGCUGGAGAUGGCGGGGGCAAACGUCGGCUUGUUCAUUGACUUUGCGCGCGACGCGGUGUUCACCGGUUUCCUUUUAUACACCGAUUGACCCCGAGGCACGGCACCGGUCAGACGGCGUUUGGCGUCCUCUUGACGAGCUUGUUACACGGCAAAGCCCUACCAACCCCCUCCCCGAUGUGCGCGCGCGCAUGUGCGUGUGUCGGAAACAGCUGGGCAGGAUGCACAGUGGACGAUGUGUGCCCAAGCGCUCGGCUGUGCGAUGCUCACGUUACAAAGUGUGCGCGCUGUUCCCCCUCUGCUUGUAUUGCCAAGUUACGCUGACACCCCCCCACCCACCACCGCCUUCGUCUUCCACUCCGAAUCUGUCCCCGCUUCCAUUCCCUGCACUCCGGGAUGCUCAACGCCAGGAGUCGGCAACCAAUGUCACAAGGCGGGCCAUUUUUGUUGGAAUUCCGUAAAACAAAACAGAAAUAUUUUAAUAGCCGCAACGCAUGUGAAUGAUGUCACGAAGCAGUCCUUAAAAAGGACACGGGGUCACCGACCCCUGCAACAUACCAUACCCACAAUCCCCAUUCACUGAUAUCAAAGCAUGGGGCAGAUCACACAGAAGGGUAACGAUGUGUUAUUAUAUGGCGAGGUAUUUACUGUGUUUGUUUCCAAAAUGACAUCAGCGAUUUGGUGGACCAGCUCAAGCAAAGCGGACAACAAGGAGGACAACGGAAUAUCUCUGACAGCCCCAAACCCUUCCACCGAGGACACAACGCUCACGCGUGGAUGCGUCAUGCACAGUGCGGCAUCCACGUCAACGUGAGCCGGGAAGCAUUCCGCUAAACCUUGGCAAUUAUUUCAUAAGAAUAUUAUUUGGCACCAAGGUGGCGAGAUGUUAACUGGUAAACACGAGGUCGUGGGUUCAAUCGUGACCCUGGCGCCUGUAUAUUUGGAGUCUAUAUUUGUUCUCCCCGUGAUUGCGUGAAUUUUUCUCCGGGUCCUCUCCACAUUAGAAACAACAUUAGUUUAGAGUAUUUGGCUGCUAUAAAUGUCCACAUGAUACGCUUCUUCGUUGGGCUAUCAUUUGUUGGCCAGGUCGCUUCUGAAAAAGAGCUACAUAGCUCAGUGGGCCUCACCUGGUAAAAUAAAAAAAUAAUAGCAAAACAAUCCAGGAGCAUUCCGUUAAUAGGUAAAGGUACAGCCCUGCAACUGCCUGCUCACGCAACUGUUGGCGGAAGGCACGCCAAUAGAGGGAUCUCUAGUGAGGCCCUACGCGAGCGUAUUUUUGGCCUACUCCUCCACGCUGGCCAGAGUCCCCACGCUUUAGCCCAUCACACGUGACCUGCCCGUCAUAGACUACGGUGCACCCGUUUAUACCGCGGGGGGUUGGGAGAAUCUAAUAAACUUGCACAAUUUUAACGCCGCAACGGGAGAUAGAAUAGCCGGACUUACGCAUUGCGGCGAUAACCAGUGCACAAUGGCAACAUCGAAACGUGCAUAGCUAAUUAGGUCUGAUUUAAACAUAUAUAUGUUAUUCCAAAGCCAUAUUACAGUACAGUAUUAAGUAUGCGGCAAUGCUAUGUGUGUACGUGUUUACUUACCUUCGACUAGUUUGCACUAUCCUAACGUAAUACGUUUGCCGACAGGAAACAGAUGUCAAAUAGAUCCUCUGAUACUUCAAUGCCGGUCUAAUGGUGCACCCUGUAGCUUUGCUAAUUGCCACGUUGCUUGUGUCUGUCUUCACUCAAUACAAUGCCAUAGAAAUGCCUUUGCAAGCUCUUGCUUUUUUUACACGUGUCAAAAAAAUUUAAUUAAAUAUAUCCUCCCCCCACCCUCCAAAAAAAAAAAGUUCCGCAGAAUGAAUCCCCCUUUUGGGCUUUGCAUUGCACACGAAGGAUUGUGGGAAUCAAAUAAAUGUGCUUCAAUAAUCA